AUGCCGUCAGCAACACGUCAAGAUCAGCUUGUCUUAGUCCCUUGGGACCCCAACUCUCCAGAGCAUGUCAACCGCAUUUAUGCACAGCGAGUUCAAUGCGGUUGGGACAAGCAAUUAGUUGAAGGAUGGAAAGAAAGACAAGUCUCGGGCCAGAAGUCCAUUUUCUGGAUCACGCUGCGACCAGAUGACCCCGAAACCCGCGAAACUCUUCAAUUGCACUUAGAUGCGUACCCUGAAGACAAGGCGCCAUUGGUUGACACAGCCGAAAGCCUCAGAGCCAAACCCCGAAAACCAACACAUACAAAGUUCUACCCCGUGGGCCAUAUCUCGCUCGACGACAGAAACGAGAAAACAGGAAACUUUGUACUAGAUCUUCCCAAGGAAGGCGUCUACUGGAUCAAGACAUUUUACGUCUCAAAAGCACUCCGAAGCAAAGGCAUCGGGCGAGCAGCCAUGGACAUCGUUGAGUCAAUGGCAAUUGAGGAGCCACUAUGUGCCAAAACCCUCGCACUUGAUACCGCUGAGAAGGAAAUGCAGAAGAAGUUGUACCGAGAGAAGAACGGAAAGGAGUUGGGCUCAACUAACCAGGAUUGGUAUGAACGGCGAGGAUAUAGGCUGAUUCACAUGCAGCCUGGUCACUACUUGGACGACGAAGACCCUCCUGUUGAUGCUGUAUUCCUACGACGAGACAUCGCAUAG